UUUCGGUCUCUUCCUCCUUGGGUCUUGGAGAUAGAGUGCCAAGGUAGUGCCCCACAGAAGGACCCCGGCAUUCGGGGCAUCAUGACCCCCAUCUGGAUCUUACUCCUUCUCCAGCUGCAACUCACCAGAGAGGAAGAUGCCUACGUCCAGAAGGGGCAGGACCGGGAGCUCCCUUGCGGCCUGGUUGAGUCUCUCCCGGGCACGGAAGAGGUGACGUGGUCCUACAAUGCUGGUGUUCCUGGGUCCUCGUCGGUGCCAUUAUUCCGGGGCGCGGCGGGUCAGGCCCAGAAGGAGGCGGAGGCCAGGGAGCGGCUCUCCGUGUUCCGCAACCACUCCCUGUACCUGCGGGGGGCCGAGGACGGGGACACGGGGACCUACUGGUGUUCGGUGCAGGGAGACACCCGCAACACCUACCACCUGAAGGUUGUCACAGGGACCCAGAUGGUGCUGACGACCGGCCACACCAACAUGACCUGCCACCAGUUCUCCUGUGCGAUCUUGGACCGGCAGGCGCUGCCGGCGGUGACAUGGCGGGUCGACGGGCAGCGGGCGCAGGACACCGACAGGCAGGGCCGGCACCUUGUCUUCUCGGGCUCGCGGGCGGCGCUGCUCCAGGCCUGCUGGAACACGAGCGACCAAGGGGCCAGGAAGAAGAAAAAACGGGUCAAGUGUGAGGUGAACGGCCUGCAAGUCACCUUCAACCUCGCCGGGAAGGACCCCCCUGCCCCCAACAUGGGGGGACCCGCCUGUAGCUCCGCCUGGAUCCCCCUGGCCGUGUGCGCAGCGCUGGAGUUCCUGCUCCUCCUUGCCUUGGGGGCGGCGCUGUGGAGGCGGGGGCAGCCGGACCGGAGGUCACACCUGGACGACCUUCCCGCGAACACCCAGCCAGACCCUCCCGGACCCAAAUCCCAGACGCAGCUGUAUGAGAACGUGGGGCUGGGCUGGGACACGCAGCAGGGGGCACCGAUCUUGUCCAGCCAUGAUGGCCCCGUCAACCCCUGUGGAGCGACCCCCGCCCCUCGAGCUCUGUGUCGGGGUCCGGGCGGGGCCGAGCCGCGUGUCAACACCCAGCGCCCCCCACAGGGCGGGUCGGAGGCUCCCUGAGGCCACCAGGGGCUUUCCAAGGGGAAGAGCUGGAAGAGGAACCCAGGCGUCCGGCCCUCCGCCUUCCCCGCCCCAUGGGGGCUGGGGUGACAGAUGGGGACUGGGCGAUUUGGGGGGGUUUGGAGCAGAGAAUAAAGGAGAACGGAGCAGA